AUGCUGCGUCAGCCAUAUUCGACACAGGCUGCUGCGGUAUCGCAAAACUCUCCCUCUAUUGUUGCUGCGGCGGAACCACAACCAGUCGUCCAUGACGUGUUCGAAAAGGUCACCGGCACCUGGCAGUACAUCGUCGCGGAUCCCGCCACGGCCGUGGCCGCCAUCAUCGACCCGGUGCUCGACUUUGACCCGGCCACAGGAGAGCUGAGUACGGAAUCGGCGGACACGCUCCUCGCCAUCAUCAAGGAACAUGGGUACAAGGUUGAACGGAUCCUGGAGACGCACAUCCACGCCGACCACGUCACCGCGGCCGCGUACCUGCAACACGCUCUACGCGACGCCCAAGGCGACGCGCCCAGCAUCGGAAUCGGCAUGCGUAUAGAGACGGUUCAAAAGUUGUUUCAAAACUUGUACGGAAUUCCGGACGAUGAGAUCCAAGGCGCUCAUCAAUGUCUCUUCCAAGACGACGAGACCUUCCAGAUCGGCCAUCUCCAAGUGCAGGCCAUCCACCUCCCCGGACACACCCCAGACCACUUGGGCUACAAGAUUGGAGACAACGUCUUCUGCGGCGACUCCCUCUUCGCCGCGGACCUCGGCAGCGCCCGCUGCGACUUCCCCGGCGGCAGCGCCGCCGCCCUGUACGACUCCGGCCGCAAGCUGCUCGCCCUGCCCGAGCGCGUCCGGAUCUGGGCCGGCCACGACUACCCGCCCGCCGAGCGCCGCGGCGGGCCCUUGCCGUGGCAGAGCGUCGGCGAGCAUAGGCGGAGCAACCGGCACCUGAUGGGGGGCGUGGCGCGGGAGGAAUUUGUGGCGAUGAGGGAGGCGAGGGACGCGACGCUGAAGGAGCCGAGGCUGCUGCAUCAGUCGCUGCAGCUCAAUGUGCGUGGCGGGAGGAUGCCCAAGGUGGUGGCGGGACGGCGGAUGAUCAAGACCCCGAUAAGAGCGGCCAAAGGCGGGUGGUAG